CACAAAACGUCACGGAUUCGGGGGUCAUGGAAUCAUGACGUAAGCGGCAGUGUACGGUCAACAUGGUUGAUUGCGGGAGCCCGCAGUGUGCUCAAGAGCGGCGAAAUUUUAGGAAAGAAUUACUCUCAUGGAGCAAGAAAAUUCCCGUCACCAUUGCCUUAGAAAAAAUUGCUGAAGAAUUCGCAGGGAAGGAUGUUCUACGGCCUGUCCUUGAUCAGUUUAAUAGUCUUGAGCCAGAAGAGAUCUCUGACUGGGUUCCGGAAGAAGAAUGUUUUUACUGUGAGGGCAAGCUGCCCUUGAUAGACGAUGUUGUCAGUCGGUUGGCAGAAGAUGUCAAGAAUGGACGGUCGGAACAGGACAAUCCCAGUGUUCGACUACUACAAGAGCUCCUGCCCUACUGCCCUCAGUUCUACACACACGGACUAGGCAGAGAUCGCCUUGACUCUUCUGUGGGGAGUAAGCAGACGCCAACGGCAGGAGAGGACAGUGAGGUUUCAGUGCCGUCUGCUAAGCCUCAUGUAGAGCUUAAGAUACCACACAUACCACUACACGCCAGUAAACACAAAAAGGACUGCACUGUGAACGGCAAGAAGUCGUACACAGAUGACGAACUGACAGCAGCUGUUCACGACAUCCGCAGCGGGAAGCUUGGUACAAGGAGAGCGGCCAUGUUGUAUGGAAUCCCACGGUCCACAUUGAGGAACAAGAUCUUCAAACUGGAGAGUGAGGAUGCCCUUCAGCCUGACAUGGAGCAGGAAGAUUCGAGUUCCGCAGAGGAUCUCCUGAGCCUGGAGGGACACAGCAUGAAGCUGGCUGAUCUCAUGCAGGCCAGCGCUUUCACCUACACGCUGCCCCCUCUCCCAUUCGCACUACCCUUCAGGAAAGACUUCGACCUUGAGGAACAAGAGGAAGAAUUCGUAAGAAGGGUUGAAUUACUCCGUCGUAAACAUAAUCUUGAUGGAUCUCAUGAUAACUUACGAACUCCUGCACAUGCCAACGAACUGAAAAUGCCUCUUUUGGUGGACUUGAUUCGUAGAAUGGUAGAACAACGACUAGCUAUGGAGCGCCAAAGUGCCUCAGUCACCAUUAAAGCAGAGCCUGAUGUUUGUGUAGAAAAUUCUCUAAUUGAUGGAUUAACCAUGAAGAACCCAUUUCUGCCAUCCUCCCUCCCCUCGACCGCCACGUGCCUCGGCAUGACAGCUGCAAGUCUGGCUGACAUCCGCAUUCCGUCCUACAAGCCGGUUAAUGGCACCAAGGACAACCACACCUUGCCAGACAAACCCAUGGCCAAGGUAUACGAAAGCAGCACGAUAGGCGAAACACUCAAGAAUAUCAUUGUUAGAUCUAUCAAUGAGAAAAUCCGUUUUCGUGAAACACGUGAAGAUAGUUCUGGGACUGCAACUCCGGAGGACCUCUACAAGGUGAGCCCAGAUGAUAUGAGCUCUCAUGCCAGCACCCCCAUCACGCUGGCCCCGCCUCACGCUUACACCACAUCACACUCAUCUCCAUCGCCACCGAAACGACACAAGAAGGACUCGGACAAGGACAAAAGCUUCUUGUCAUCCUCGACACUCAAGAAGACGAGGCCAAAGCGAGGUCAGUAUCGCAAGUACAACAGUCAGUUGUUAAUGGAGGCUGUGCGUGCGGUGCAGCGGGGGGAGAUGAGCGUCCAUCGAGCUGGCAGCUACUUCGGGGUGCCUCACUCCACGCUUGAGUACAAAGUCAAGGAGAGACACCUCCUUCGUCAGAAGAAGCCACGGGAAACAACUUCGAGCCAAAAGCAAACAGCAGCUGUCACCUCCACAUCAUCCUCAACAGCUACAUCAUCCACAGCAACAGCCGUAGUAAGCACAGCCUCUGACAGUAAUUCUUCAAACAGCAGCAUCACAUCUGCCUCUACAUCAACAACAACAGCAGCAGCAGCAGCCAAAUCGGAGAGUGCCCCACUCAGUGCCUUAGGGCUGGGAGCCCCUAAGCAGAGUAGCAGCGGAUUGCCUUGGUUCCAGCCCUACCUAAACGGCAGCCCCCACUUCGACCCCGCCAUGGGCUUUUUCCACUCUGGUUUUGCCCUCAACACCCCAGCCUCUGAGCUUCUGCGAAAGCUGCAACACAAGGUGCAGAUCUGAUGCCUUCAUUUGUCGACCUGGAAGAAGGAUCCCACGGGUAGGUGAUGUCGCACGGCGGUAGGGCGGCCAUCAGGUACUCACUUCACCCUCCCACUGUCACACUCCUCUCAUACGCUUACAAUAUAUGCCUUGGUUCUCAUUCUUCCCACGCCCAUCUAUGGGAAUAGCUUGGAUGUAAGUUUGUUUUCUUUUCAAAAGGGAGUUUACAAAGAUGUAUUAUUCAGAUCGGUUUGUCCUCAACUUUCAUGACAGUGGAAUUCUUUACCUCAAGUUUGUGUGUGUGAUUUGAAUCAUUUUAUAUGGAAGUUUUUUCAGAUUCGUAUAAUUUAUUUGUACAUUGAUUGUUGAUUGAAGACAUAAUGUGAAAAAACUUGUCAGAAUCCGUAUGAGGGGCUGUUGUCUUGAGGGAUACUGGUUAAAAUGUGAGAAAGAAUUUUCUAAGUGGCUACCAGUGUCUAAGUACAUCUGAGGACGUUCCACACAGCUGACUAAGCAUGAGUCCAUUCUGAAAUAGUAGCUCAGCAGAACUUGAAAUUAUUAUCUGCUGCAAAGAAGUCAUUAUUUCAACCAUUUUGAACCAAUAUAAUUUCUUUAAGAAUCCAUUUUUAGUUUUAUUACCGGUAAACCUGAUAUGAUUAGUGGACACUGUUUAGAUCAUAUACAAGUCACAAAUGUUGUCAAAGCUUUAUAUAUAUAUAUAUUAUUACUUUGUUUGGGAGAAUUAAAUUAAUUAAAGGGGUGAAAUAUUUUAUGUUGGAUUUCCUCGAAACAACAGCCCCCUUGCGUCAGAUUUGACAUCACUUCUUCCUGGUGACUUGAUUCGAUGCAGGGACCAUGCAAGGCUUGGUGCCUACUUUUAUGAUAAGAGGCUAGGAAUUAGUGUGUUGGGAGAUCUGCAUCAUUAGUGACCAGCAGGGGGCGCUGUCAACUCUGUAACAAUGGUGGUGGCGGGAUUCUGCAUGUAUCUGACACAUAAUAUUCAUCUUCACAAUUUCCUGCCUUUUUCUAUGAAGAGCGAGGCAGGUAAAUCUGUACACGUGAUCCAACCCUGGCCUGCUCACGACAUACUCAUUUCACACUUUACUAACAGUACUGUCUAUUAGCUCUGGGAGCCGUGGCACAUUGGAAAGUGUUGUCCUAGCUCCCCGAUUCUCACAGUAACCAGAUACUAAUAUAGAUGUUUACGUAGACUAGAUCGUGUCAUCUACCGUCUUUCUGUCCACUAGAAACAUCACUGUCUAUCUUCUGCAAAUGUAACGUUUAACUUGAGCAGUGUCUGAACCGUCCUACUGUUUGUACAUACUGUCAGCAUAAUCUUGUUGGUUGCAAGUUACUUCUGUUUUCUGGGAAGUGGUAUUGCGUUGUCCUCACUGCCUUGUGUAUGUUAUGCUUCGUGUUUAUAUUGGUGCUGCACUUUGCUCCCACAAGACAUCCUCCACAACCUGGGCUCAAUGGUACGUUUUACAAAGAAAAUAUUUCUUGCUACAUUUCACCACUAACUUCUGACACUGCUUCUGAGUUAAUGAUUUAUCUACAACUGUACAUGUUGGGUUUUAAAAAAAAAAAAAAAAAAAUAUUGAUUUUUAAACAGAAUUUGACAUUUGAAUGAGAAAGGUCCUGAGAAUUAUUUUUCUUGUAGUUGUAUGUUGGUGAUGUCCUUGUAGGAGCAGAAUGUAGCGUGACGUGUGUCCGUCUGCUUCAGAGGCAGACCGUCCCAGCAUGCACCAGUACAGGUUGGCCUCUGAAGCAGAUGUAAGUGGAAAGAGAUUGUCCUAUUUUUUCAGAUGUUUAUAUACCUACAGUUCUAUAUAGAGUGGAAGCUAUGUUAUAUUGUGCAUUAUUACACACUGGUGCAUGUUGUUAUCACAUUAUAUCUAAUAUGCUCAAUUCAUGAGAUGAUUUGAUUGGCUCUCAGAGCAGCUCAUGCAUUUCCAGACUGUUCCAAUUGGUGAUUCCCCCAGCCAGGCUUCAUCAAACAUAUUGCGCUUUCAUUGUUUUAUAUUGGUUGAAUCAUACAGCAGUUUGUAACACAAGCUCUCAUAGGUUGAACCAAAAUGUGCUCUGUUAUGAGGUGAUUGUUUUAGGGUUACAGAAUGUGUUCUUAUACAAUAUGCUUAUUUGAAUAUUUAAUAUUCUUUAAGAAUUUCUAUUUUUUAAAAGAAUCAUUUGAUUAAACAAAAUGGAGGCCAGGGCCCUGUUCAACAAAUCAGUUUUAGCGCUGUGACCAUCGUAAGCCAAUGUUAAGGCAUGGGAGUUACAAUCACUUUAGUGCUAAGAUUGCUUUGUAGAAUGGGGCUGGGGUCAGAAUAUGAAUGAAAGAAAGUAGAGUUGUCCUGAUUCAUCGAUGUCAGCUGAGUCAUUGUUGUGGCUAGCCACAGAGCCUGGCUGGAGGAGCAUCUAGUGUUGUGUAGAUGGAUAGGGGUCAAGGGUGCCAUACAUUUCUCUAGAAAGUGCCUUGGAGUGUGUGUACCUUUAACUGCGGUCGUAGACUAGAGUAGAGUAGGAUGGUAGAACUACAUGCUGCUACAUAUCUUGUGUAUCUGUGCACUGGCAACAUACAGCAUUCUCAGGAACACGCACAGAUCUGGCCACUGCUUGUAGGUAUUUUUGGGGUGCACCGAAUUUUUUUCUUUCUUUUUUUUCUUUUGAGGGGAAAAUUAGGAAAGAUUAAAUCGGACUUAAUCUUCAAAAUCUAAUAAGUACUUCAAGUAAAAUGUUUGGCCUAAAUCUUUAUAUGAUAUGGAAUUAAAUUAAAUAAUAUAAUUAAAUUAUGUACUUUUUUAUUCUGAAAUGUAGAUAGUUGUCCAACUGUCAGUGUUGAACCUUGGAAUGGUGGCCAUGUCAGCCAGUUGUGUGGACUUGUUGGUGCUCACUCAAUCUUCAUUGUUGUACUGCGAUCCAGAUUCUGUACUCCCUCUGCACGUGGACACUUAGUCGUGUCCACACCAGUCAUUAUAUAUAUAUUUAUUUCUUCUAUGAAGAUAUGUCAUGUGACACUUGAUAUUACCAGAACUAGCAGUAACAAUACAGAUGUUUAUGAAGCAUUCCAAUAGGGGUGAAACGAUACAGCAAGGCACGAUACGAUAUUUAGGUCACGAUACAAUACGAUACAUAAUGCGAUAGGCAUAUGUACGUCAAAUUGCAUGGAAACUUCUUGACAAUAAAAAUUUCAGGGCAGUUUCAAAAGGAAAAACUAGCUGAAGACACAUGUUCGUAGCAGCUAUUUUUAGUAGUGAACUUGAAACACCAAUUACAACACAUUUCGUGAUAUCUGACUGACGAAAACACCAGGGGUCAUUAAACAAGUAAUUUAUAUCAGCAAGUGUAUCGUCUUGUAUCGAUACAAAAACAACGUAUCGUAUAUCGUAUCGUAUCGUAUCGUCAGAUGAAAACUCACGAUGCACCGAUAUGUCGUUUCACCCCUACAUUCCAAGUGGUUAGCAAGAGGCCCAGUGUACUACUGCAGUGUCACUUGACGCAGUGUUGUGUCAACCUCUGCUGUGUAGGGUUGUCACCAUCAGUUUAUUUAACAAAAAGUAUUUGAACAGUUUUUGUUGAUCAGGUAAGAAUAUUUUUUCUUGUUUGACAUAUUGAAAUACCUGCUCUCUUGGAAAGUUGAUUUAAGUUAAUAUAAAUUAAAAAUUGUCAAUAUCAGCUGUACACAGAUCCAGAGGUGUGGUGUCGUGCACUUGAGAAGCAUACUGAUCAUGUUAUGUUUUCAAAGAUGGAAUCAUUUGGUGAAAUGUUUCUUCACAAAAAUAACUAUUAGUUUCCUUGUUUGGUUGACAAAUUGUUAUUUGCAUUGAUCUAGCAUUGUUUUUGUUUCAAUUGCACCUAAUUCCAGAACAUAUAAUUUUUUUUUUUUUUCAAAAAGUCUGUACUCCCCACCCCUCUUUUCCAAAUUGCUGUAUCUGUGCUUGUUACAGAGAUUGCUGUUUAGGAUUAUUUUAUCAAUUCUGAAAAAAUUGCAGGGGUUAUAACAGGAACAGGUGCCUUCUCAGUGCAAUCGUAGCUACGCUUCUAUUUUGAAGAAUACAAGUUUGAUAGUCGUAGCUAUGAUCGCCUUGUGGAACAGGGCCAGGUGUCGAAUAUGUCAAACGUGAAGAGAGUCAUGCCUGUCCUUAAAGGGUGUCAUGAGGCCUCACAGUACACAAUGCAUUUCAUCCUUGCUGUCCAUGAAGAAAUCGUCUCUCAUGCUUUAUGAUACUGAAACGGAUAUCUGUACCAAUUGAUGUAAUUUAUGAAGACAUUUAUGUUAUUCCAGAGCUACACUAAGUCUAGUUAAGUUUUGAUUCCAGUCACCAAUUUAUCUAACUUUUUACCUCCUCGUAUCAAGAAUUCAAUGUAGAACUGGCUUUAGGGUUAAAAGGUCACCAGAGUUCACAGUAUCAUUUUAGAUUAAAUUACUGCAAGGGUAUUUGUAUGAGGUCAAUAUUAUGACACCCUAUAAGAAAUACUUCAUUCCAGAACUGAAAAACUUUCAGUGAUAUGAAGGAAAAUAUAGGGGAUCAAUUUUAUAUUAUUUAAGACUAUUUAUUUCAAACUAUUCAUUUAUAUAGAUACAUAUUGUGUAUAUAUGUAUGUGCAUAUUUAUUUAUAUGUAUGUCUGUUUUCUUUUGUAUUUAUAGUUUUAUUAUGAACAUAACAUUUCUCAAAUUGAGCUGAUAGUAUUGCUUUUCAUGUUAGAUAUGGCCUUGAUCAGACAACUUUGUAGCCAUAUGGAAGUAGACAAGGCUUCUACAGUAUGACUGUCAGGAAUCCCCCCGCAUCUAGUCACGUGUCAAGCAAUGUAUCUGCAAGGUGUACUCCUCAAAAUCAUUUCUCUUCUACUUCACUAAGUGAAAGUAUGGUGCAUAAUAUUUGUGAUGAAUCUCACUGUCCCAUUCACUGUCAAUAGCCAUUGAUUGCAACUAUUUUGAUUAUCUAUAGUGCUAUAUAAAAUAUCUGAUAACCAGUAUGGCAGUAGUAAGGGGAGAUAACUGCUGUGUUCACAUCAAGGGAGAUAACAGUAUAUCUCACAGAUAAGACUCUCCAUUAGCAUAAUACUGAAGUAUCAAAUAGUCCUGUUAUUCAUGUGUUAUAAGAUUGGUUUGUGUAAAUGUUGAUAAGGAGAUUCAUGCAGUGUUUAUUUUAAGUUUCCAAGAAUAUUUAUUCUAAAUUAAUUUUCAAGUUUUCAAGCUUUUAAUCGAAUGUAUUUUCUCUCUGUGACCAAGUAAGCUGCAAAUUGUUCAGGAACUGGACUGGUCAGUGUACAUGUUUAUUUUCGUUUUGAUUUAUGUGUAAAUUAAGCGUUUCACUGUUUCUGUCAAUGUAUGAUAACUGCAACAGAUUUUGGUUUAAUUAUCAAUAUUGUAACAAUUUCAUUCCUGGGGCAGAUAUGUUGGUGUUUUAUUGUCUUUGCCGAGUUAUCAAAUUUAGGUCAAGGGAAAUGUUAAGAAUGUCUGUGCCUUGAGACAAGAGUCCAUACUGUUCUGGAUACAAUUGAUGAUUCCUCUUUCAGUUUUCAUUAUCAAAGAACUUUUAAUGGAUAUUUUUUGUACAUACUAAUCAUUAGAGAUUGUUGUGAUGAUUGGACUUGUAUUUUAAAAGGGCUUUUACAUGAUCAGUCCAAGAAGAUGUUCACUGAAAAAUGUAUCACUAUCAACAUUAUAUUGUCAAUUUUGUGCAAUACUUUAUUUUAUUUUAUGUUGUCACUAUGAAUGUUACAUCUUUUUUGUUGGAACACUUUAUGUUCAUGUAUUUAUUCACACAAAAAUGCCAUGAAUGUUUUGUAAUCAUUAUUUUCCAUUUAAGGGCAUAAUUGUUGUUUUCUUUAUGGUAAAUAAGAUCAAAUACUGAUAUUUUGAAUCAGUAAUUAUACAAGUUCUUUUUCCCAAUAAAAACUUACAAAAAUA